AUGGUUAAUACAACUCUUGAGUCUGGUAGCCCGGAACACUUAAGAUCCACAAUAGAAAUGGUUGAAAAACAAACUGAUGUUUUAGAAGCAGUUGGUGGAAGUGAAAUUGGUCUGAACCCUGACAUUGAUACACCAGAAGAAACGAGUUUAGGUAAUCCACCACGUAUCAGGAAGAGAGGUGGUGUGUCUGUGUCUAUAUCGCAAGAGAGACAAAAGACUGAAAAUUCAAAGCAGAGAACUACUAGAAGGUGUGGAAAUUGUGGAACACCGGGUCAUAACUGGGCAUCGUAUAAGGUAGUUCAAGAUUCGCAAACCUUUGACGAGGAGUCACAUGGAUAUGCAGAUGUUUACUGCAGUGAUGUCAAUGAAGAGUUUAACAUUGUGAUGGUAUGUAUCGUACCUCAUUUUUAA